CUACACUUACCUCUCGCACAUCGACCUUCUACCGCACCACACAUCACGAACUCGCCAAUCUCGGCUGCAUCUUGUAAAUACCGCCAAGAUGCUUAUGCCCAAGGCCGAUCGCAAAAAGAUCCAUGAGUACAUCUUCAAGGAGGGCGUGAUGGUCGCGCCGAAAGACUACAACCUCCCGAAGCACCCGCAUCUCGAUGUCAACAACCUCUUCGUUAUCAAGGCAAUGCAAUCCCUCACCUCCCGCGGCUUCGUCAAGACCCAGUUCUCCUGGCAAUGGUUCUACUACACCCUGACCCCUGAGGGCCUCGACUACCUCCGCGAAUGGCUGCACGUCCCCGCCGAGAUCGUCCCGCAGACCCACAUCAAGCAGCAGCGAAGCCACCCGCCCCCGCGCGGCAUGCUGGGCGGUGAGGACCGUGAGCGCCGCGGCGGCGGCCGCGGUGGUGACCGUGGUGGACGCGGCGACCGGGAGGGGUAUAGGCGGAGGGACCAGGGUGAGGGCAAGGAGGGCGAUGCGCCCGGUGGGUUCAGACCGGAUUUCAGGACUGGGUUCGGACGUGGUCGUGGGGCGCCGCAGGCUGAGUAGAGACGGACAAUGGAGGUCGGUCGAUGAGGCAGAUGGAUGGAGAACAUCGAGAGGAGGGAGAUGACGUCCUUUGCUUUCAUAGCCGUGGCCUAGGGAACCCAUAACUACUAACUGGGCAUGGGGAAAUGGCGUCGUGUUAUUGCAUGGAUCACAAAAUGGACCUGUUCAAAAUUCAUUGAUCAUGAGAACGAGCGAUCAUGGGUAACAUCAGCAGCUUACUGAAUGUGAACCAUUGUAUUGAAGCAAACGAA